AUGUUGCGAUCCCUACCGAACAUCCUCGCGGGCGACCCCAAGAUGAACGCCCUAUCCAGUGCUCCGAGAAGGCCCAUAAUUGCGGCCAUCUCCAUCAUCACCGUGUUGAUAGUCGUCUUCAGAUUCUUCGGCGAUGUGCCGGUCGACUACUACCGCAACUAUGCGCCCGGGGAGGCGAUAUUGCCUGCCACAACACAAAACGACAAGGCCCAGCCUGGCUACUUCAAGGCCCAGCCCGAGUGGAACUGGAAGGUGCCCGACUAUGCUGGCUGGAAAGGUUACGCCCGGAAUCCUCGCAACCGCGACAUUGUUGUCUUGACUGCGAGCGACGGCGGAGGCCACAACAGCGCAAUUCCCAACGUCCUGGAGCGAGUGCUGGACGACCGUGAAAAGUACUGCGCGCGGCACGGCUACACCAACCUCUGGCUGAACACCAGCCGCUACGACAUCGGCGAGGCGCACAGGACUUGGUCCAAGAUCCCCGCUGUCGCCGAAGCCUUCUUUCUCUACCCAACCGCCGAGUGGGUCUGGCUCAUCGAUACCGACAUCAUCAUGAUGGAGCCAGACUACGACCUUGUGAAAGAAGUAGUCGGCCCCGAGGCCAUUAAGCGCGGCCUGAUGCGCGACACACCCAUCCUCGACGGUCAGCUCAAGACGAACCCCACCAACAUCAACACCCCCAAGAACUUCCGCGUCGACGACAUUGACAUUCUGAUCACCCAGGAUCACCAAAGCGUCAACACCGGCAGCACCUUCUUCCGCCGCUCCGCCUUCACUCGCUGGACUCUCGAGAUGAUGACCGACUACACCAUGCUCAUGGGCAAAGACCACGUCGGCGCAGAGCAGGACGCGAUCAAGCACCUCAUGCUCGAGCACCAACUCGUGCGCGACCACGUAGGCAUCUACCCUCAACGCAAAUUCAACGCCUAUGUACAAGGCGGCGACAACAUGGGGUACCGUGACGGCGACCUGCUGGUACACUUUGCCGGCUGCUGGGUCAGCGGCAAGUGCCAGGAAUGGUUCGAGGAGUUCUGGGGCAAAAAGGGCCACAAAGACGUCUGGAGGCCCGUGACGGGCAAUCUUUGA